CGCGCACACCACUGACGGCGAAACGUGCAUUUACUCAUGACGGAAAGAUGGCUUCCUUCGAUCCGGACGGUUUGGGUGCCGGUAUUUGCAUCAAUCUCUAGCCAACGUCAAUUUUCAAGUAUCUACUAGAAAACUUGAUCGCUCUGUGUGUAUCAUCUUGUAACUGAUAGCGCAGCGUGAUUAAUAAGUUUUCGAAAGUCUUGGAGGCUUUCACCUUACUGCUGAAACGCAACCUCGUCUACUGCUGCUACGUGACAACUGCUAAUUCAAUCCCGAGAAAAAUCAGAGAAGCCCAGCCAGCGCGUCAGCAACCAGCAAAGCGCAACGAUGCAAUAAGAACGCAAAGCUUCGCCAGAUCGCAGUGAGAGAGGAGUUCUGUCGCCGAGGCGCAGCGCGAAUCGAGGCGUAAGGGCCCGUCGCGAGUGUAAGAGCGAGGAGGUGUUGGGUCGGGCUAGGCCCUCAAUGCUUACACUACGGCUGGUGUCGACUCACUUCCUGAAGCAACCAUAGGCUGUCUCGCCUGCAGCCAUCGAUCACGCAAGACUAAACAUGUGCCGCGAUCGGGACAUGAACCCAUCGUAGACCAACAAAAAACGCGCACCUACCUACACACGACGCACGUGCACGCGGAUUCUCCGAUAUUUCUUUUUUUGCGUUUGUUUUUUGUACAUACGUACACACACGCAUACACUUACGAAACGAAACGCGUUGUCGCUGUUAAGUUUGAGAAGAAACGGAUUCAAUUUUUCUAUCUUUACUGGCUUUGAGACUAGCUCGGCGUCAAGAACGCUCGAGUACACGGUGUCGACUUUAUUCGGCAGUCGACCAGUCGCCACGGUUCAACCUGUGGAGAGUCGCGAAAGAGUGUAUUUGCGGCAGUGGGUCGCGGUGCAGGCGGAGUGGGAUGCGAGGUCCGGAGUCGUCACAACCAGCACAGCAGCAGCAGCAGCAGCAAGUUAACAUCGAGACAAAGGAUGAGUCGAGGCUGGCGAGAGUGAAGCGAGUGCUGUGGGGCCAGCGCAACGCCAGCAAUGCUUCGACGAGCAACGACGGCAACAGCAAUCGCGUGCUGGGCUUCGGCGUGGAUCUCGAGGUGGCCGAGAGACACAUCGAGACCGGGGUGCCCUACGUCGUCCAUCGGCUCUGCCACUUCAUCGAAUCGCACGGCUUUCGCAAUCCGACGCUCUUCCGACUCGCCGGUGGCAGCAGCAAGUUGGCCGACAAGCUGAGGCUGGCUUUCGAAAGGAGAGGUGAUGCUGAUUUGGAAGGAGCUGGCUGCCCUGCUACGGCCGCUCUCCUGCUCAGGCAGUACUUGAAGGAAUUGCCCAGAGCCAUUGUCGGGCCUACUUGCGUCUCCAAGCUGCUCCAACUCCACGCGCACGAGCGGAUCAAGAAUCGUGAGUGUUGGAUCGUCAAGACUCGCGAUCUGCUGGCAAACGAGUUAGGACCAAGACAGAGAAGAUUGCUGGGCUACGUGGUGCACUUCCUCAGCAGAUUCGAAGCGCAGCACGGAUGCGCCGCUGGGGUGUGCGGCAUUUUCGCGCCCAUCCUCUUGCCCCACGUGCCACCCGCCACGGUGCUUCUUCGAGAUUUGAUGCUCGACGCUGCUCUCAUUUUUCCCGAUUAUUCCAGUGGCAAAGAGUCGAUACACGGUGUGAUACCAAGCUCCGACUGCAAGUUGUUCGACGAGGAAAACAAAGACGAGCUGGCACCGCCGAGUAAACGGAAGGAUCGACGCGACUCCUGCGGUCAAGAGCGCAAAUUGAUAAGGUGCACAAUCUCUUAUCGGCCUGUGAGGCGAAUGCGCGUGAGGAUCUUUCGAAGGAGUAACAGCGUGGAGAAGAUUUGGGAAGGUGGUCAGGGAGAUACUGGGGAGAAUAACAACGAAAAGUCAGCGGACGCUAUCAGGAGGGUCAGCAGCCACGAGGAUUUCAACAGCGCUAAGCAUUUGCAUAUUUUGUCCAAGUUGCAGAAAGACAUCAUGGGACACGGCCCGCGCCACGGUGGUUUACCUCUGCACGAGAGGACUAAUGCGUCACCGGUGUCGUCCAAAACCUCGCUGGUGCACUCGAGCGACGUGGUGUUGGCUGAGAAGUACAACCUCGACGCCGAGAGAAUGAGAAGCAGCGAGAGAUUCAGUCGAAGUAUCAAUCCGAGAGGUCGAAGGCAGCAGGGUAGAAGGAGAAAGCUUUCGCUUGGCUCGAUUUUGCAUCAAAGCUCCAGCAAGGAGAACGAGAGAGACGAGUCCGAGCCAAUUUUCACUCUAACAGCCGACUCUAAUAAGACCAACUCUCAAAGUCAGAGCUUUUUAGAGAUGUUCACCACCGGACCAAGCAGAUCUCCAUCACCAGUCAGACCUACCGCGGAUGAUGCCAACAAUCCAACAUUGGCCAAGUUUAGCUUUCAGAUACAGCAAGGAAAUAAUGAUGAAAUGGGUGGGCAGAUGAUUUCUCCGCGCAACUCAUUGCUGAUGCCACGUCGCUUUUACGGCGAGGAUGAGCCUGAAGAUCAUGAAAAUAUCAUCAGCAUUCGAGAGUACGGCUUGAGAAAUUUAAUGAAACAAAUAAAUAACUUGAAAAAAAGGAUCAAGAAGUACGAAGGUGAAUUUGAAGAUAACUUUGGCUAUCGACCGAGUCACUCGGAUAAGAUGGGCAAUCGUGACAUCAAAAAAAUCGUCUCCGAGUUGAGUAAAGUCAGGAAAGAGCAUAAGAUUUUGAAAGAAGGUUUCACAGGUAGCUUAUUGAGUCCAAAGUUGAGCCGCGAUGAUAUAAUGAGUGCUAAUAACAAUAACAACGGAGAAGAGAUGCUGAGAGCUUCAACUAUGGCAGAGAUGGUAAAAGAAGUUGACAGGAAACUUUCGGAGAAGAGGUUGAAGUAUAAAAAUCGACCGGAGAAUUUAGAAGAUCUGACGUUCGAACAAUUGUUAGAUGAAAAGACUGCUGUGCAGAAGGCAUUAUUGCAGAUUGAGAGUACCUUUGGAAGACCAGUUUCCAAAGAGGAUCGUUCUAUCGUUCGACCUCUGUACGACAAGUACAGAACUCUAAAGAGGCUUUUGAUGAAAGCUGGAGCUAACAAUGAUAGUAUAGGUGAGCUUGCUACAAUCUUAGAACACGAAGCCAUGGAUUUUUCAUCGGCAUCAGGAAAUCCUGUAGAUUGCGAGCGAAGAGCUAGCGAGCCAGAUAUGUCACACCGAGGCAUUGCCGAUUGUAUUGACUCGAUGGAUCAGGUGCCAACCGACAGCGACAGUCAGCAUAGUAGCAGUGAAAGCAGCCGCGGAGUCGUAGAAAGUCUUCAUUCUCUUUCAAAAGACGAGUUAAUAGAGCAACAACGAAUAACUAGGGAAGAGAAAAAACGUUUGCGUAGGUCACUGAAGGAGUUGGAAAUGCAAUUUGAAGCACGAGCGGGUCGACGAAUGCAGCGAAAAGAUCGCGGAUCGCAGGUGAAUGUAAUCUACGAUUCGUACAAGCAAACAAAAGCCAAGCUUCGAUUGAUCAGCGCUUUGCUUGCUAAGAGCCCUUGACAGAGUAUCUAAGCUCUUUUUAAUAUGGAUUGUUUUUCUUUUCAAGAACCUUCACUUCUUUGUAGACUGUUUAACAUAAUGUAACAUCGUCGUCAUUAAUUAUUAUGAUUUUUUAUCUUUUGUGCUAGCAAUUUCCGAAUGUCAUAACUUCUUUUUUGCACCGACAUCCAAGCGACUCUAGAAGAGUUUAAUAGUAGAGAGAUAUAUUAUAAUAUAUAAAAAUUACCAACUAUUAUAAUUGUGUAACACCCAUGUUGUUCAAAAAAAAAAAAAAAGAAUUAGCCUCAGAAUUGUACUUUUACUACUGAUAUAUUAACGGAGUUAUAUAAUGUUGUAUCUUAUGGUGAAUCAAAAAAUGCAAAGGCUCGACGUUUUUAAAUUUUGAAUUUUUUAACAUUGCAUGUCUAUCGUAUUUAAAAAAAAAACUUUUGGACGGAUGUUUUUUAUUUUUGUCACUAUUAUUUUCGUAUUUUGUGAAACAUUUAAUUUACAAACUGUAUUUUGUAUGAAUCUUUACAUACUAUCGUUUAUCGUAUUGAUUUUUAAAAUAAAUACUACAGUAUUUAUAAAAAUACUUGCGCAUCUGAUAUAAUAAAAAUUAAAGCCAAAAACAAUAAUAUCACGCGUUGAAAAAGAUAUCUAAAAAUGGUAUCGGCUGUUGCAAAAUUUUUAAAAACUUUGAUGAACAGCAACACCAUUUUAUGUGUACGAUGAUUUGACGUUCUACAACACAUCAUUUUAUAUCGAGUCAUAUGAUGAAUUUUGCUUAUAUAUAUAAGCUACCGUCUAUGAGCCGUUGCAAAUAAUAAUACAAAAAUAGAACUUGUCAGUUAAUAUGUUCGUCUGUGUGAUUGCGCCGAGUGAGUUUCGAUGUUUUGUACAGAGCUUACACCAACAUGCUUAAAAUGGAUAAUUUGUUUUCAAGUAUAUUUUCUCCGAAUCAAUCAAUCUCCAACACUUUUUAACGUAAAAAAAGGAUAAUUUUUUUAAGAACGACAGAUAUAACAUUUUUCAAAUUUUUGCACGCCGAAUAUGUUUAGCAAUAACGGUUCAUUAUAAAAAAACGCUUCUCCGUGCGAUUUAACUUUUAUCAUAUAUCAUAUAUCAUAUAUAUAAAUAUAUUAAAAUGCUAAAAAUUGCAUUAUAAAAUGAUUUUUCGUAGACCAAAGCAUUUUUUAUUCUGUGAUAAUAAAAAAAGAGAAUUAUACUGAAUUUAAAAACAAAAGAGCAAAAAAAGGAGAGAAAGAAUGUUUGUCUAUGAAUGGCUGAUAAUUUAUCCAAGAACAAAAAGAUAUAGCUUUAAACCAAUAGGAAUAAAAGUAGGAAUUGCAUUCCUCGCAGAGAUAUUUAGUUCUUAUAUUUUCGUUAAUUAGUUGUUUUUACUCAUUUUAAAGUUUUAUUGUUAUAUGUUUUUGUACAAAAGAUAAGAAAAAAAUAGAAAUGGAAUGCUUGAGUACUCAAAAACGUAAAAAAGAUAAAAGAAAAAUCAUUUCUUGACGGAAAACAGAAAUAAAUAUCCUAGUUUUUAAGAUUACAUAUUUUAUAUCAAUAAACAAGAAAAAAAAGACGAAAUUCCGCUUUAGAUGUUUUUAUAGGUAUUAUGCCAAUAUAAAGCAGAGAUAAUCGUAAAACAAAGAAAUAAAAGAAAAAAGGGAAAGACAAACGUGUUUUUUCUUUCUUUUUUUUACCCGAGAGAUAAAGCAGCAGAGCAUUUGAUACAAUAUUAUAAAAACGAAAGAUCAUAAACACAACCACGGUAUCGUUACAACGACAUAUCUAGGCAUUAUGUGUACCUAAUACACAACAAAAAUAGACUUUCUCGCAUCAAAUGGUGUCUUUUUUCGACUGGCAGGCAUGUAAUUAUCAAUGUGCCACAAUGUAUCGGAGAAAAAAAUUUUAGUCAGUGUGAAGCUUCAUUUUUGAAAUAUAUGUAGCCGGCAAACAGCAAUGUACUCGCGUUUAAAAAGAAAAACAAGUAAGCAUGUUUGAGUCGACUUAUAUUAUAUAUACAUAGUAGAAGAUAAUAUCUUGACGUUUUAUUGGCUCUUUUACUAGCCACGAUGAUGUACAUUCAUAAUUUACGUGUACAUGUAUAAGAGUGAAAUGUAUUUGCAAAAAAGAAAAAAAAAACAGAAGAAAAAACAAGAGCCAUUAUUAAAGCGGAAAACAUAGAGUUGCAUCCAUUAUCCUAUAGUAGCCACGUCAAAAAAGUAAAAUAUGUGAAUAUAUAUAAAAAGUGAAAAAUAAAGUUAUCAAAGAGACG